GAAUGUGGAAAUUCCUAGUGGUCACUCCUCCCAAAAUUGUCCUCAUAAAUAGAGCUGACAGUGUCUCAUCACAAGACAGGGACAACAGCCAGGACCAAGGAAGGGACAAGAUGCUUUCACUCCUGAUUUUCGCUGUGGGCUUGCUUCAGAGUCAUGCAGUCUCCCUGGUAAACAGCACAGGCACAGUGAAUGAACAAGAAGUAUGCCAAUGUUCUGUCAUCCUUCCCGACAAUACAUUCCCAGCAGAUCGUCUGGAAGCUAUCGAGAUAUCCAACCAGAAACUGAGCAUCAGUGUCAACCAGGAGAUCACCAGGAUACAAAAUUAUCAAGCCACGUUGACUGAGUACAUACAUAAGCUGAAGAACCUGACUCGACGUGUGGAGAUCGUUGAGCUGGGUGGUAUCUCUUACACUGAACUGGACUUUGAGUUACUUAAACUGGAGAUCAGAGAAAUGGAGUCGUUGGUGAUCAGGCUCAAACAGUCCAUCAAUGGGUCUAGCACCUUGGUGGAAUCACUCUUUGUGGAGAUCCACAACAUCUCAGUUAUGGUGAACCAGCUGGAGUCAUACGACAAAAAUAAUGUUUUGGCGGUAAGGCGGGAAAUUGCUUUUCUGCGUAAGAAGCUAGAGGAGUGCGAGAAAAAUCCGGGUGCUCCUGCUCUAUCUCCACCAGUCAGUUUUGGCACCUGUAAUCAUGGUGGUCUUAAAAACAUCAGCAAGCCAUUUGUGGUGCAGUUGAACUGGCAAGGCUUCAACUACAAAUUUGGAGGUUGGGGAAAGGACUCCUUCGUAGGUGCUGAGCAGGAUACACAUUGGGUGGCCCCUCUAACCACAGACAGCCGUAUGAUGAAUAUGUUCCGAUAUUACCCCACUUAUGAUGACCUCUUGCUCUACAAGAAACCUACAGAUAAGGUCCUCACCAAGACUCUGGCCUACAACAAUAUCGACUAUUCUGCCUGUGGUCAAGGUGGUGGUAUGGUCUUGUUCAACAACUCCAUGUAUUACAACUGCUACAACACCAGGGACAUCUGCAAAUAUAAAGUAGACACUGGUGCUUUGGAGAGGAAGACACUCACAGAUGCCACCUUCAACAACCGCUUCUCCUACGCAUCAACUACCUGGCAAGACAUUGACCUCGCUAGCGAUGAAUAUAAUCUUUGGGUCAUCUACUCUACAGAGCAGAAUUCUGGAAAUAUGCUCAUCAGUAAGCUUAACUCAAACACUCUGACUGUGGAGAAAACUUGGUCUACUGACCAGUAUAAACCUGCUGUCACCAAUGCUUUCAUGGUUUGUGGUGUCCUGUAUGCAACUAGAACCCUUAAUACACGAAAGGAAGAAAUAUUCUAUAUGUAUGACACCAAUACAAAUAAAGAGGGGCAAGUCAGCAUUGUCCUUGACAAGAUGAUGGAAAAUGUACAGAGUGUGAGUUACAACCCCAACGAUCACAAGCUCUAUAUGUACAAUGAUGGGUAUUUGGUUAACUAUGAUCUUACCUUCAAGCCACAAGAAAAACCUACAUAACAUUUCCCAUGACUAAUUAAAAUGUAAUGCCUCGUACACACGAACAGGCUUUUGCC